AUGUCAGACGAGCUGGUGGGGUGUAUAUGCAGCUCCCUGGCGGGGUUGAUGGGGGCGGUGCGGGAUGCUGUUGCUUCGGCCAAUGCUUUGGGGGCCCCUACAGACGUGCUGCCUGCUGCAGCAGAUACAGCAGCAGCAGCAGCAGCAGCAGCAGGAGGCAGCGGCGGCGGCAGCGAGCAGCAAACAGCUGGGGGCCUCUCGCCAACCCAUAUCGCUUCUCUCAUCCUUAUUGUUCUUGCUGUGCUCUUCUCGGCAUUCAGAAGUUCCCCCGCGUUGCCGGCGAAGGCCUCAAGAGACCCAACCCAACACAGAGACGACGACGCUGAGCCCCCUGUAGCUUGA